UCCUUGGCCAGAGCCGCCAUGUUCACUCGAUUAUGCCAGCGCCGACUAAUCCCGGGCCUCAACAGACACUUCUCAAUUUCGUCUUUGCGCCAGGAGGCUCCUCCACCAAAUUUACGAAGCAGUUUUGCUUCUGUACAGCCCAGAAAACUCGGCCCGAGCGCGCCGAAACCACCUGCACCCGAACUCCCAACUCCAGGAUGGUUCCGUUAUUCGCCAUGGUCAGACAAAUUUCAGGGGUCCCACAAGACGCGUGUUUUGCUGCAAGCGCUUCUAUAUGCCCUCGUUAUCGCGCAGGCAACCAACUACGUUGACUCCACUCUAUUCUUCAAGCCAAGCAAGUCAGAAGAGGCUGCCCCAAAAUAUGCCACCCCUUCACAACUUAAAACGGCCAUUGAAAAGCUACGCCAAACAUUUCCUGAGUCGGGACGCGUCGACACAAAUCCAGAUGCGGUCAAAACUGCCGGGUCCAGCGAGAACUCUUACCAUCCAUCCUCUGCCCACUCUGUCAUCGUGCGACCCCAAUCUACUGAAGAUGUUGUCAAGGUGGUCAACAUCGCUCGCGAAUUCAAGGUUCCUGUCACGGCCUACUCGGGUGCAACCAGUCUGGAAGGGCAUUUCUCUGGCUAUCCCUCGGGAAGUAUUUGCCUCGACCUCUCUGGCAUGGACAAAAUCCUCCAUAUCAACGAAGACGACUCGGACCUCGUUUGUCAAGCCGGAACGCGUUGGGAGGACAUCAACCAAACACUGAAGGCUAAGGGGAUCCCCUUAUUUUUCCCACUUGACCCUGGACCUGGUGCGACAAUUGGCGGAAUGGUAGGAACAGGAUGCAGCGGCACAAACGCCGUGAGAUAUGGGACAGCAAAGGCCGAAUGGUUCCUCAACCUCACUGUGGUAUUACCCACCGGUGAAGUUAUCAAGACGCGAAGGAGGAGUCGCAAGUCCUCUGCUGGGUGGGAUGCGACGAAACUAUUCAUCGGAGCAGAGGGUACCCUCGGGAUCGUGACUGAAGCGACUCUCCGACUAGCGCCGGCAUUACCGACUAAAGUCGCUAUGGCACAAUUCCCAGAUGUCAGACAGGCCGUCAGUGCCGUCCAGGAAAUCUUAAACACCUCUUAUGGCCCGCAUGUCCAAUGCGUCGAAUUAUUAGACGACAACAUGAUGGAAGCAAUAAACAAAGCCGGACUCGUUGACCAGGCAUAUCCUGUGCAAGACACACUUUUUUUCAAGAUUCAAGGAGACGAAGCCGCCAUUGAUCUCACAUCCAAGACUAUCAAAACUAUCGUUAAGAAACACGGAAGCAGCAAGUUCAAGUUUGCCGCAACCGCUGACGAGGCAGAGAAUCUAUGGCAGAACCGCAAAUAUGCGUUGAUGUCGACGCUCGCGGCUCAUCCUGAUUCGCGAUGUUGGACAACGGAUGUCUGCGUUCCGGUGUCUCGCUUGCCUCAGCUAGUCCUCGAAACCAAGAAAGAUCUCUCCGAGACGGGCCUCAACAGCACUAUUGUCGGACAUGUCGGAGAUGGGAACUUUCAUGCAUUAAUUUUGUUCCGCGACGACGAGGAACUCGAGAAGGUGAACCAGGCGGUUCAUCGCAUAGUCCACCGCGCACUAGCCAUGGACGGAACUUGCACGGGCGAGCAUGGCGUCGGUGUAGGCAAGAAAGAGUAUCUCAGCCAGGAGCUGGGUCCGGGAACGAUCGCCUUAAUGAAGCAGGUUAAGAAGGCAGUCGAUCCCGACAACAUUAUGAAUCCGGGCAAGCUGUACCCAGACUAG